GACACCGAGUAGGGCACAUCGUAUUGGAAACUAGCUGAACAUCUUUAACACCAGUCCACUCUCCGUCGUGUCCACAUACCUUCUACCUCGCCUACUAACAGUUAUUUUAUACAUUUAUCGGAUUUAGCUGUGCACGGUGUCGAGUGAGUUCAGUGAACGAUAGACCAAGUUGACAGUCUACUUGUCUUACUUCAGUCGGACGGUGUACAAAUCAUGGAGCUCAUGUGCUGCGAAUCGGAAAAUAUCCAACUCUCUUACGAAGAUCCAGUUCUAUUAAAUGACCAUCGAGUGUUGCAGAAUUUAUUGGCCACAGAGGACAAAUACGUGCCCAAUACUUGCUAUUUCUCUUGCGUUCAGAAAGACAUCAAACCAUUCAUGAGAAAAAUGGUCACACAAUGGAUGUUAGAGGUUUGUGAAGAACAGAGAUGUGAAGUUGAGGUAUUUCCAUUGGCUGUGAACUAUUUAGACCGAGUGUUAUGUGUCCGGGACAUUAAUAGAUCAACUCUACAAUUACUAGGAUCAGCCUGUUUAUUUCUAGCAUCCAAACUUAAAGAGACAAUUCCACUUACUGCAGAAAAAAUUGUGAAUUAUACAGAUUAUUCCAUUCGAUUAACAGAGUUAAUGGCAAUGGAAUCCAGAGUGUUACAAUGUUUAAAAUGGGAUUUAUCGGCAGUUACCCCGCACGAUUUCCUCCAGCAAAUACUCCCUCGUCUAGACAUUUCUUUAGAAAAAUCUGAAAUUUUAAAACGACAUGCGCAAACGUUCAUCGCAUUGUGUGCGACAGAUUGUAACUUCAUGUUGUCACCGCCAUCUAUGAUCGCAGCUGGUUCAGUUGGCGCUGCUCUACAAGGUUUACAGUCACCCUGUCAUUCGAAAUUCUUACAAAAAUUACACCAGAUCACAGGAAUUGAGCUGGAUUCUCUGAGAUUAUGUCAAGAACAGAUUGAGCAGACGGUUAAUUGUAAUUUAAUGAAUUUGGUACCUGACCCACCUCACACCCCCACCAAAUCUGACCCUUUAAAUCAACAACCCACAACCCCAACUGACGUUAGACAAAUCUGUGUUUGAACAUUUGACAAAAAUUUCAUCAACAACUUUGGUGAAAGGAAAAAAACCAAAAAAUCUCCUUAGAUGACUUUAGUUUGUUGUCAAGGUUACAGAAUGUUCGAGAAGAACGAUGAUUUGGGUUCGAAUUGUGGCCUGAAGUAAUCCUUCCACUGGCAUGGCCGUAAUGUGUUCAACUCUUCAUCGAAGCUGUUAGCUGGUAGAUAAGCGUGUCCAGUGUUCAUGGUAGCGCCCUCUGUGUUCUAACGUUGACCUGGAGGUCGUGACAGAUUAUCUAUAAACUGCCAACUGACUGCCAGCUAAUCGGAAGCUGCCAAUUAUCGUAGCAAAAAAACUGCCAUUUUUAUUCCUUGAAUCUAAGGGACCAAUCACAAAUCAUCAUUUCAUCCAAUCGAAAUUCAUUUUACAUUUUGUAUAUUUCAUCACUUGACUUUUAAACUCUGUUGUCUGCAGUUCUGUUAUAAUUUGCUUGUGUUAAUUAAUGUUUUAUUCUACUACCAUAUAAGGCAAUCUGUGAUCAAGACUUUCAAAACUGCUACAUCAUGCAGUAAAUCGGCUGUAAAACUACAGCUAGUAAAUGGCCUCAACCUAAUGCAAUUGGCCUCAAAAUGAUGGACCACUAAUAAUCAUAGUUACAAUCGACCUCAAAAUGGACCAAUGAGUGAAGACUUUUCAAAACUCAGAGAGAGAGAGAGAAAGUGAAAGUACCUCAAUAUUUAUUGGAUAAGAAAUCAUGUGACUCAGUUAAAGUGGUCAUGUGACAUUCUUUGUGGUCAUGUGAUAUGACUAUAUAUGGUAAAAAAAAACUUGUGAUUAGUAACUUUCGAAAAAAAACAAACAAUACUGUUAAUUAUAAAUGCUUAGUUUUGUCUGGUAUAUGUAAAUCAAGAUGAAUGCCUGUAUGAUUGAGACCACACUAUUUAAGUAGACUAGAUUAAUGAGUCAGAUAGUAGCUUGAUUCAUUCUACCUCUAUAAUAACAACAAUUCCUCUCUUUUGGCUCUGAUUAAUUAGAAACUACCUCACGUCUGGCUGACCCUAGCAUGUUAUUUAUUUUUCCCCACCCCCUUCAAUUCAAUUUAAAUUAAUAUUUAUCAGUAUAUAGACAUGUAAUAUAAUAUAUUCUUGUACAAAAUUUUGGAGAUCGGAAUUAUAUCUUUUUGAGCAGAAUUACAAAUUGGAUGCCUUGUCUAUAAUUUCCUCUGUUAUGUAAUUGCCUAAUAAGGGCAUGCUACUCCAGAGAAAAUUUCUAAUAGGCGUGUUUUACCAGACAUAUUUAAUUUCCAAUCUUAAAUUUAAUUAUUGAAAAUAGAAUGAAUGAACUUUAACCUCCGCCUAUAAUAAUAAUAAUAAUAAUAAGUUAAUUAUAAAUAUAAUGCUCGUAUGUUAUAGUGUACAUCACCUGUGUAUUGCAAAAACCUUUAGACUAGAUCUGUUAGUCUUAGUAGGUCUGGAUGAUCAAGGCAUAAUUUUGAGAGAUUGUGAGCAAUUGUUUCCAAUAAUAAAUUUGAAUCGAUUGUCUCUGGGUGUAAGGACUGGAUGUUGCCGACUACUGUAAGAUGAUGAGUGACAAGAAUGACCGAGACUAAAGCAGAUCUGGUUGGAUCGUAUGAAAGUCCAACUAAAUGGAUGUGAUAGAAAAAUUAAAAAGUCUUUCACGACAAAAAAUAAAAUAAAAGACUGUGAUAAAAUGUUUGUCAGCUAUUUGAAAGGCCAAGGUCGUACUAUAUUUAAAUUUCAAAAUGGCUGACAAACAACAAAAAAAGAAAUGCCUCCGAAACUGUUUCGCACUAUUUUUUUUUGUAGUGCAUUGACUUCUUCAACCAAAAUAUGUUUGUGAUUAGACUGAAGUUAUAGCCGGUGUUAAAACUGGACCAUGUUAAUGUGAUAAUUUUAAAAUAAUGCCCUGGUCCAGUUGAUAACCCAAGUUUUUACCAGUUUUCAAACUUAGUGUUCAGAAUGUAAAAGUGUUCAAUUUUCUCACAGCGAUACGUUAUCCCCAUUAGUUCUAAAUUGUUUUCAAAUUCGUACGAUAUCCCCAUUAGAUCUAAAUUGUUUCAAAUUCGUACGAUAUCCCCAUUAGAUCUAAAUUGUUUCAAAUUCGUACGAUAUCCCCAUUAGUUCUAAAUUGUUUCAAAUUCGUACGAUAUCCCCAUUAGUUCUAAAUUGUUUCAAAUUUGUAUGUUGAAAUCAAAAUCCAGAUUUAUAUAAUAAAUAUAUCGCUAUAGUGCUUGGAAAGUUAUAUCAUAAGUUCUAUUUUCGUUUCAUUCAUUUAUAAAACGUACAAAUGUAAAUAUUUUCAAAUUCACUUAAAUCAUGGUUCAUACCGCCAUAUUGAUAUGACGUCAUGGCGCAAAUGACGUAAUUGUACUUAAUGACGUUGAUGCUUGCAAAUGACGUCAUGGAUAUUUGUCUCGAUUAUUCAUAGUCUCGUUUUAUAUUUUUCAUUACAAAGAUAAAAAUGUUACCAGUUAGUUUUGAUGUUAUGAAUUGUUUAAGAGAAAGAUACAAACUGUUUUCAUUCUUCACCUGUUUUUUAAUCAUGAACAUUAUUAAAUAAAAAUAU